AUUCCGAUCCGCGCUGUCGAAACCGCAGCACGCACACACUCUCACAGUCACACACUCUCUCGCUCACACACGCACACACACAUUGACAUGAGCGGAUAUUAUACACGCAGCGUAGAGCGCGAGCGCGCGCGCGCGCGCACGUAUAUGCCGCAGUGACGUUCCCCGGCCCCGCGGGACACCACAACCGAAUCCGUUUGAGAACAGGUAAGUCCUCUGGUCGGGAUCUCGUAUGCUCGCCGCGGCCGUCCGACACGUACCGUACGUAAAACCUAUUCAUCACAACUACAACUGCACUGUCGUUCGAUACAUGAUAAUAAUAUUGUUUUCAUAAUAAUAAUAAUAAUAAUAAUAAUAUUAUUAUUAUAACUGCUGUCGUAUUUUGUCUCGCCAGCCGUUUCUUUUCCGCCAGUGUCGCGCGAUAAUCGUAUCACCGUAGUCAUUCUGUACUGUCGUACGAUUCAAUAAUACUACCCUUACGAUCGACGUAAUAACAUUAAUCACAUCUGAUAUACGUCGUCGCGGUGAACACAUCCAUCUCGGUCGUCUCUUUGCAGCGAACGACUACGACUACGACGUGCGGUAUGGAAAGCGAAUCGCCUUUGGAAGUGCUGUCCAGGGCGGCCACGAUGCUGCACAGGGAGGAGACAGCAGCUGCGGCUGCUGCGGCCGUGGUGGAGUCGUCUUUCGCCACCAAUCAUUCGCGGUCGCUGUCUCUGAGAUGUUCGGCGAUGGAGGGAACCGUCGGCACAGUCGGCAAAUGGAAGAGGGAAAGAAGACACAGGGCCGUCUGCACGUCACCCGUUUCGCCAACUCCGCCGCCUUUCAGAAACACUCAAGAGCCACUGGACAUGACGACAACGGCUGGUUCCAGGUCGUUGCCCAAAGAACGAGCUUCGGUGAUCAUGGCAUCGCCGGCCACCGGACACAGGGCACUGUCGUCGGCGACGGCGACAGGUGGCAUCAGCGACCCAGUCAUUGACGAACAUUUCAGACGGUCGCUGGGCAAAGACUACAUGAACGUGUUCGCACCGGCCGUCGCGCAACGACAACAACAGGUUGCCGUCACGGCCGCCGCCGCACCGUCGACCGACGGCGAUGAUGACGACGACGACGACGAUGACGCGGGAUUAUCAGCGGUCGACGAUCACUUUGCCAAAGCUCUGGGCGAUACGUGGUUAAAGCUGCAAAAAGAAGAAUACCAGAAAAAGAGAAAAGAGACGACUGCCGCCGCUGCUGACGGCAGGCAAAAAGUGAACGUAUACGCGGCGUGAGGGAGAAAAGCGACCGAAAAAAACGGAACAAAAAAUGAGAUAAUUUUAGGGGAUUUGUGUUAUAUUUAUAUUAUAAGUGCAGCAGGAACAGCCGGACGUGAGCCCGGCUUCGGGGCGGUGGGCUAAACUGCGUAGACUAUUAUUUUAUGUAUAUGAUUAUUCUUUGUACACUUUAAACUUUGUAAAUAAAAACAAAACAAGUAUUUAUGAGAAA